UCUUGAAAUCGUGAUAAACUUUGUCGCAUGCGAUAAAAAUUUUAUCGCAUGAAAAUAAAUAAUCGGUAUUCUUGAAAAAAGGUAUGCAUUUAGUCGAACGAAAAACAUUCGACUAUUAGUCGAGUGGUUAAGAACCAGUGACAAAAUUAUAUCGAAGACUAUGAAAUAUUUACGAUAAAAGAUAAUAGAUAAUACUUGUAGGUUUUAUACUUUUAUACUUUUAUGUGUAUUUUACUUUGCAGUCUGUAUUAUAAUAUAAUUAUUCAUUAUUUUAUAUUAUACAUAAUUAAUUGUUCAACAUUAAAUUCCAAAUUCGUCAACAUGGAAAACUUCGAAGAAAUGGCAAAUUUGUUUGCCAUUCAAAAUAUGGAGAUGCAAGAAAAUGUAGGGUAUGGAAAACUAUCAACAAAAAAAAAUCGUAUUGAUCCUUUUACAUUGUCCGAUCGUCUGUUCAUAAAAAAUUUUAGACUAACUAAGGACCUAACACGAUAUUUAAUUGAGUUACUAUCACCAUUUGUGGAAGUUAAAAGUCGUUCGUCAGCUAUUGAUUUAAGUACAAAAGUUCUAAUUGCAUUAAAUUUUUUUGGUACUGGUUCAUAUCAGUCACCUGUGGGAUAUAAUAUAUUCAAUGCAGUUUCACAACCGUCAGUUUCUCGAUGUGUGAAAGAAAUAGUAGAUGCUCUUAAUCAACCCCAAGUUAUAAACACUUGGGUUAAAUUCCCAUCAAAUAUUCAAGAACUAAAUCAAGUUCGUGACGACUUUUAUAGAACAACUGGAUUUCCAGGAGUAAUUGGUUGUAUAGAUUGUACCCAUGUGGCAAUUGUUCCACCCUCAACAAAUUUAAAUUUAGUUGAAAAUCAUCAUCCAGAAUAUUUAUACAUAAAUCGAAAAAACUACCACUCCAUUAAUGUGCAAUUAAUUUGUGAUUCUAAACUGAAAAUUUUGAAUGUCAAUGCAUUGUUUCCGGGGAGCACACAUGACAAUCAUAUAUGGAAUAAUAGCAACGUUUUACCAGUUGUUCAAGAAUUACACGAGCGUAAUUUGAAUGAUUACUAUUUACUGGGAGAUUCUGGGUAUCCAUUACGCCAGUGGCUUUUAACGCCAAUAUUAAAUCCAAGUAGUGCAGCUGAAAUACAUUAUAAUACUAAACAAAUGUGUACAAGAAGCUUAAUAGAACGAUGUAAUGGGGUUCUAAAAGCCCGGUUUAGAUGUUUGAUCAAAGAUAGAACUUUACAUUAUAAUCCUGAGAAAUCAUCAGCAAUCAUAAAUGCUUGUGUUGUUUUACAUAAUUUAUGUAUUACAUACAAUGUACCUGAAUAUAUAUAUGAAGAACUAGAGGAAAAUGACAUGGGAAUAUAUCAAGAAGUUGAAAAUAAUGAUGUAAUUCACAAUAAUCAACAAAAUAGAUAUUUAAUGUUAGGAAGACAGCAGAGAAACAGAAUUGUUCAAGUGUUACAAAAUAGAAUUUGAAUGAAAUAAAUGUAUAUUUAUUUAUAAA